AUGGAGGUUUCCCCCUCCGGCUGCUCCAGGUUCCGCAUCGACUCGCUGCUCUGCCUCAGGCCGCCCAGCGCGCUCCUCUCCCGGGGAAACUCCGCCGGGGAGAGCCGCUCACCCCCGGAGCUCAGCCCGCGCUCAGACCAGGACAGCAGCGGCUGCUCGUCGCCUCCGUCCCCGCGGAGAGAGCCUGUUCCCCGUGUAGAGUCUCCUCUCCAUCCCGGGCAACUGGUCCAGCCCCGGGCCGUCAACUCGUCCUUCCUCAUCCGGGAUAUCCUGGCGGACUGCCGGCCUCUGGUGGACUGUGAGUCCUACCCUGACCCGGGUCAGAAUAAGGCUUUGGACUACAUGGACAAAACCCACAGCAACUCCUCCUCUGACAGCGAAUCCAGAGGUGAGAUGGAGAAAAUUAAAAAAAUAAGAAAUUGCCGGGACGCGAGCGGCGGCCGGCUGAAGAAGCCUCGUAAAGCUCGCACGGCCUUCAGCGAGCAGCAGCUGGCCCGCCUGGAGAGCAGCUUCAGCCGCCAGAAGUACCUGAGCGUCCAGGACCGGAUGGAGCUCGCAGCCGCACUGCACCUGAGCGACACACAGGUCAAGACCUGGUACCAGAACCGCAGGACCAAGUGGAAGCGUCAGUCGGCCGUGGGACUGGAGCUGCUGGCCGAGGCCGGCAGGAUGUUCCCUCCGGCUCACUUCCUGUACCCCCCCGCCCCCCCGGGCCUGGACCUGUACCUGUACCGAGGCCCCGCCCCCCUGCCGCCCCACCGGCCCCUGCUGCCCCGCCUCCUGAUCCACAGCGAGCUGCCUCGCCCUGUCCCGCACCCCCGCUGA